AUGGUUAGAAAGUGGGAGAUUAUUGAAAGCAAAAAUCGUUUUUAUUGCGAUGGACGCUGUUUAACUGGUCGUAAUAUUGGAGUAUUCAUUCUUGCUCUUGUCUUGAUUAUUGUUACAUCAGGACUAUUCUUCGCAUUCGAUUGUCCCUAUCUAGCCAAUCGACUCCAUCCAGCUAUACCAGUUUUUGCUGCUAUUAUAUUUCUAACUGUUAUUUGUUUUAUUUUUCGUACGGCCUGUUCAGAUCCUGGUAUACUUCCACGAGGAACAUCGGAUGAAAUACUCUACCUUGAACGAUCAAAUGUUUCAAAUAGUCCACAAAGUGUUGCAUUACCAGGUCGUACAAUCGAAGUUCAAAUGAGUAGUGGACAUGUGAUUCAGUUAAAAUUUUGUUCAACAUGUAAAAUUUUUCGACCACCACGCGUAUCACAUUGUUCAUUAUGUGAUGCAUGUAUUGCAAAUUUCGAUCAUCAUUGUCCGUGGGUUGGAAAUUGUGUUGGCUUACGAAAUUACAGAUAUUUUUAUUUAUUCUUAUUUUCAUUAUCAAUUUUAUGUGCAUACAUAUUUGCUUUUAAUAUAACACAUGUUGUUUUACGAGCUCAAGAAAAACCAUCAUUUAUUGAUGCAAUUCGAGAUACACCAGCAACAGUAGUUGAAGCAAUAAUUUGUUUUUUUUCCAUUUGGUCCAUUGUUGGUCUUUGGGGAUAUCAUACAUAUUUAAUUUGUCGUAGUAUAACAACAAAUGAAGAUAUUAAAAAUACAUGGAAUGCAUCUCGACCUGGCAUGACUAUGAAAAAUCCUUAUUCAAAAGGACAUUCAUGUUUAAAUUGUUUUUCAAUAUUAUGUGGACCAUUACCACCAAGUUUUCUUAAUUUAAGAGCUAUAGUUAAACCAGAUGAUCAUAUUAAUAUGACAAGAAAUGCCAUGAUGAAUACUAAUAAUGCUCAAGACUUGAUAAGAUAUCAACAUGAAGAAAACCGUCGUACGAAUAAUAAUCGAGUGUAUACAACAAUGACACAUCCAUAUUCCGAACGAAAACAAAAUAGUUAUCCACCGCGUGAUUAUGUUUAA